CGCGGGCGCGGGCGCGGGGCAGCUGCACCGGGCGGGGCGCGCGCGGAGCGGGCUCGCCGCCGCACCGGGGCCGCUGACAGCGGGCCUGCCUCCCGCCUCGCCCCCGCCGCCCAUGUGACCGGCUCGCGGUGCGCGCCGCCGCUCUGCGCUCUGCCCGCCGCCCGACCGCGGCCGGCCCCAGCCCCGAGCCCGAGACGCGCGCGCGGCGCCCACGCGGCGGCCGGAGAUGUCCGAGCCCAAGGCCCCGGAGCCCAAGUUGUCCACGACCGACCGGGUGGUGAAAGCCGUCCCGUUCCCCCCCAGUCACCGGCUCACGGCCAAGGAGGUGUUCGACAGCGAUGGGAAGCCGCGGGUGGACGUGCUGAAGGCGCACCUCAUGAAGGAGGGCCGGCUGGAGGAGAGCGUGGCCCUGCGCAUCGUCACGGAGGGCGCGUCCAUCCUGCGGCAGGAGAAGAACCUGCUGGACAUCGACGCGCCGGUCACAGUGUGUGGGGACAUCCAUGGACAGUUCUUCGACCUGAUGAAGCUCUUUGAGGUGGGCGGCUCGCCGGCCAACACUCGCUACCUCUUCCUGGGGGACUACGUGGACAGAGGGUACUUCAGCAUCGAAUGUGUGCUAUACUUGUGGGCCUUGAAAAUUCUCUACCCCAAAACACUGUUUUUACUUCGUGGAAAUCAUGAAUGUAGACAUCUCACCGAGUACUUCACGUUUAAACAAGAAUGUAAGAUCAAGUACUCGGAGCGCGUGUACGACGCCUGCAUGGAGGCCUUCGACUGCCUGCCCCUGGCGGCGCUCAUGAACCAGCAGUUCCUGUGUGUCCACGGGGGCCUGUCCCCAGAGAUCAACACGCUGGACGACAUCCGGAAAUUAGACCGGUUCAAAGAGCCGCCCGCCUACGGGCCCAUGUGCGACAUCCUGUGGUCGGACCCGCUGGAGGACUUCGGGAACGAGAAGACGCAGGAGCACUUCACGCACAACACCGUCAGGGGCUGCUCCUACUUCUACAGCUACCCAGCCGUGUGUGAGUUCCUGCAGCACAAUAACUUGUUGUCCAUCCUCCGGGCCCACGAGGCCCAGGACGCAGGGUACCGCAUGUACAGGAAGAGCCAGACCACGGGCUUCCCGUCUCUGAUCACCAUCUUCUCGGCGCCCAACUACCUGGACGUGUACAACAACAAAGCCGCAGUGUUGAAGUACGAGAACAACGUCAUGAACAUCCGGCAGUUCAACUGCUCGCCGCACCCCUACUGGCUGCCCAACUUCAUGGACGUCUUCACCUGGUCCCUGCCCUUCGUCGGGGAGAAAGUGACCGAGAUGCUGGUGAACGUCCUCAACAUCUGCUCGGACGACGAGCUGGGGUCGGAGGAGGACGGCUUUGACGGGGCGACGGCCGCAGCCCGGAAGGAGGUGAUCAGGAACAAGAUCCGGGCCAUCGGCAAGAUGGCCAGGGUGUUCUCCGUGCUCAGGGAGGAGAGCGAGAGCGUGCUGACGCUGAAGGGGCUGACGCCCACGGGGAUGCUCCCCAGCGGGGUGCUGUCCGGAGGAAAGCAGACCCUGCAGAGCGCUACUGUUGAGGCUAUUGAGGCAGACGAAGCCAUCAAGGGAUUCUCACCCCAGCACAAGAUCACGAGCUUCGAGGAGGCCAAGGGCCUGGACCGCAUCAACGAGCGGAUGCCGCCGCGCCGGGACGCACUGCCCGCGGACGCCAACCUCAACUCCAUCAACAAGGCGCUGGCCUCGGAGGCCAACGGCACGGACAGCAACGGCAGCAACGUGCAGUGACCGGCUCUCGCCCGGCGGCGGCGGCGGGCGCGGGCAGGACGCGGAUUCCGUUUACACUAGCAGGAGAGGGAGAGACGAUGAACUAUAUUUUGGUGGGGGGUGAUUAAACGCCUCUUUGGGGGACGCCUUUUAGAUGCUUGGGGGGAGCUGUUUCGCAGGGCUGCGGCGGGCCUGUCCUGCGGGGGGCGUGCACAGGGUUCCUGCUGCGUGGGGCGCGGAGGGAGGUUCAGGAAAGGCCUUUUCUUACGUUACUGGACACGGAAGCUGUCUGAUUUCUUACUCUAUUGUCCGUUUACAGUCGCAGCACUAAAAGUGGAUGACAUCAAACAUUUUUAACAAAACGAUGUACAAACUAAAUAAGGACUAUUUAUUGAUAAUGUUUUGCUACUCCUGUCAGACAAUGGCUAUAAAGUGAAUUAGGCAGUCUUAAAAAAACAAAAAACAGAAAACAGAAAAAAAAAAAAGAAUGUUGCAAAUUUGUUAAAAUGCCAAAAAAGGAGAGUUUGAUUUUGUGCAGAUGACGCUUACCUCAGGUCCCUUUAGCGUCUGUGAAAGCCCUUCUUUCCACAGAAGACUCGCUCAUUUGGCAAUGACUUUUUUUCCUUUAAGUUUAAAAACUGGAAUAAUUACAUUUAUCUUAAUUUUUUUUUUUUUUUUGCUGUUUAUAUUUAGGGGUUUUGUUGAUAAAUCAAGUCUUGGUUGUGGCUUGCUGAAUUAAAUAUUUAUGAGUGGUGCAAUUUUAAGUAUAGUGAACAAGACACCAUAUUAAGUACAGUGAUAAAGCAUCUAUAUUCUGUAAAAAAAAAAAAAAUCUGCCUAUGCAUGUUUUUUAAGAAAAAAAAAAUGGCUCUAUCGGCCUGUCUGGACUGUGACGCGCUUCGUGGUCUGACGUGUACGGGAAUGUGCGUAUACCGGCCGACUUUAUAUUCUCCAAAAUGCUUCAUGCCUUUGAAAUUUUGUAAUCAAAAAGCUUUGAAAAAAUCUAAAGGGGAGAGUAUUCUUAAAAGUUUUUAACAUAAGCUUGUCAGUGCACAUAUAGAUGGUAGCAUGUUUAGCGAACCUCGUGAAAUUUAAAUAAGUUUGUAGUUACAUGUGAAACUCUAAAUGCAUGGUAACUGUUAAUGCCAUAAUGGUUUCGCUAUUUUGUUCUGUUCUGUCACGUGCCACAGAAUACGCCCCUCCCCCUCUUCCCUUUGUAUAUCAGUUACGGGUUACAACUGGUUCAUUCUGAAAACAAUCACCGAGUCCAUCCAUAUUUUUUAACAAUUGUAUAAGUGCCCAGGUAAUUCACUACAGCCUAAAGCCUUGCCUUUGUAAUUUGACUCUGAAAUGUUGGCGAUCAAAGCAUGCACUUGUAACAAUGAAACAGACAAAGCAUUUUCUAUACUCCAAUAAGACGUGCAUGAACUUACAGAGCUCGGCCCCUUGUGAGUCUGGGAAGGGGCCGCCCCCAGCCCGCUGCCCCCUUCCGGGGGGGAACGUGGCGGGGACACGCGUCCCUGGCCCCGCCAGCGGGGACCCCGACCAGAAACCAGAGCAUUCCUUUUUUUCCUCCUUCUUUUUCUUGAGAAACUCACCCACCCUCUCGUGACCGGCGUCUUGGCUGCCGGCGCCUCUGUGCAGGUGGGAGUGUCCAGACUCCCUCGGGGAGGCCGGGCCGGCAGCCAGGCGAGAGUCGUCCGUCACCCCUGGACGGGUCAGCGGGGACCCCCGCGCAUUCAGCACCCCAGUCCCCUCGUCUCGGACUGUUCAUUUCCAGUGCACUUUGCUUCAUGUGAUAAAAUAUGCCUGUUCUAUUAAAUGCUAAGACCCUGACGGUCAGUGGCAGCGUGUGCCGGAACAGAGGUUCCAGAUAUAUUCUCUGACAAAGACCACCCCAAAUUCAGUGACUCCAAACAUUGUUUUCCUGUGGAUAUUUUUCACCAAAAAAAAAAAAAAUUUUUUUUUUUUGACUUCCAAGGAAAAUCCUUUAGAUGCGAUUCAAUAGAAUGAUUUCAAAUACGGUAACUCUGGCGCGGAGGCGUUUGUUUUCUUUCUUAAACUGCAGAGAAAAUAUCCUGACGACAAAGACUUUCAUUUUUUGGAUUCCUUUCUUUUACAAAUUGUGCUGAGGCAACUAUGGCAUAGAAAUAAACAUUUGACAUUAAAAAUAA